AUGCAGAAAAAAUUUGCAGAUAAGAGGCGUCGAGAGACUCUCAAGCAAUUCAUCGUUUUAUCUACUCUUCUUCCUAGCAUAACAAAGACGGACAAAAUUUCAAUCAUAGAAGAAGCUGUCAAGCACAUCAGGCAACUCAAAGAAGAGAUUGACAAACUAAAGCAAUAUUAUCCUAAACAAGCAGUUCUUGCAAAGAAGUCGCAAGGUUUUGAGAAUCAAGAAAGCUGUUCUAGGUACGAAAGUUCGUUAGUUUCCUGUGAGAGACAGCUCCCGGAGAUUGAAGUCAGAAUGUAUGAGAAGAAUAUCCUUCUGACCAUUUGA